CAUGGCACGAGCCGUGUGCACCAUAUGGACCCUUUGUGCAAUAUUGGUCUCAGCCACCCUUGCACAAGGCAUAGGUGUUAACUGGGGUUCCCAGACAUCGCACCCUUUGCAUCCUAGCAUUGUGGCUGGCAUGCUAAAGGACAAUGGCAUCACAAAAAUCAAACUUUUCGAUGCAGAUCCUUGGACAGUCAGUGCCUUCGCUGGGACAGGCAUUGAGGUCAUGGUCGGUAUUGCCAAUAAUCAAUUGAAGGACCUUUCCGACAGCUACAGUAAUGCCAAAGAUUGGGUUAAACAUAAUGUCUCCAAACAUAUUCGAGAUGGCGGCGUCGAUAUAAGGUAUGUUGGUGUUGGAAAUGAGCCAUUCUUAACGGGUUUCAAUGGUACUUAUGUUAAGACAACUUUUCCGGCAUUAAAAAACAUUCAGAAGGCUCUUGAUGAGGCUGGCUAUGGAGACAAGAUCAAAGCCACAAUACCCCUUAAUGCUGAUGUAUAUGAGUCACGUUCAAACAACCCAUCUGAUGGUAAUUUUCGCAAGGAUAUGCGUGAUCUUAUGCUUCAAAUAGUACGUUUCCUCCAUGACAAUAAGUCACCAUUUUUGGUAAACAUAUACCCUUUCCUCAGUCUUUAUGACAAUUCCAACUUCCCAGUGGAUUUUGCCUUUUUUGACGGUGGCUCCAAGCCAAUUCAAGAUAAGAAUGUCCAAUACAACAAUGUGUUUGAUGCAAACUUUGAUACACUCGUUUGGACAUUAAAAAAGAACAACUUUGGAGACUUGAAAAUCAUUGUCGGAGAAGUCGGAUGGCCGACGGACGGUGACAAAAAUGCCAACACAAAGCUGGCUAAAAGAUUCUACGAUGGUUUCCUUAAGAAAAUGGCAAACAAAAAGGGAACCCCGCUCCGGCCAGGACCGAUGGAAGUGUAUCUCUUUGGCCUUCUCGACGAGGAUAUGAAGAACGUUGCACCAGGGGAUUUUGAGCGCCACUGGGGGAUUUUCCAAUAUGAUGGGAAGCCCAAGUUUUCGAUUGACUUCUCCGGCCAAGGGCGUGAAAAGAUGCCGAUAGCCGCAAAGGGAGUCCAAUACAUGGAUACCCAAUGGUGUGUGUUGAAGAAGGAUGUUACGAACAUGACGGGGACGGGACCGGAUGUUGACUAUGCAUGCUCCAACUCCGACUGCACGAGCUUAGGUUACGGGUCAUCGUGCAACAGCAUGGACGUACGUGGGAACGUAUCGUACGCUUUCAAUAUGUACUUCCAAAUGCAAGACCAGAGUGUUGAGGCUUGUGACUUCAAUGGGCUUGCUGAGAUCGUAAAGCAAAAUCCGUCAAGAGGACAUUGCAUGUUCCCGAUAAUGAUUAUGAGUGCCGGAAAUAGGAUUGGUUUGGCAUAUGGAGUAAAUAUUUUUGCUGGAUUGUUGUUGAUCAGCUUGUUUGCAACAAUGUGAAAUUAUCGAAGCCAUGAAGCCGGAGAUCGA